AUGUCCCUUGACUUUGAUAGUGGAGCUCUACAAACUCAACAUGAAGAUGAAGACUAUGACCAAGAAGAUUAUGCAAGAGAGCAAGAGUUGCAACAACUAUUGACAGACCUUCCCCAUGAUAUGCUGGAGGACAGUGGAGACCAGCUCUCCAGCUAUUCGGACAGUAGCAUCCAUGAGGCUGAGGAGCAAUCACAUGAGCCUGGGAAGCUUGAUGGAAGGUGGAAUGGCCAUGCGUUGAUAAGUGAUCCUCAAAAUGGAUAUAAACAAGGACAAAAUCUGUACCCUGAACAAUUCUUGCACGACCAGCAAAAUGAUCAUGUUGAAAAACAUGGAAAGAAUUGGAAUGGCCUUCAUAAUGAUGAGGAAAAGAAACACUUAUAUGACAUUGAAGAAGAUUACCACAUCACGAAUGGUCAAGAGGAUCCUGAUGAUGUGUAUCUUGCUAGAGAUAAGUUUAAUGCUCCAAGUUGCUACCAACAGAACAACGUGUAUCACCUUCCUGAAAACUUCAGGCCAUAUACAAAUGGCCAUAAACCAGAAUUUAGCAAUCAGCGAAGUAAAAUAAUAAAUUUUCCAGAUGCUCCAAAGGAACAUCCUAAGCAAUUUGUUGCACCUGAUGUUGUCAGUGGCAAGUCACCAGAAUCUUACAAAGUGACUUAUAAACCAUACCAAAAUGGCAUUCAUCAAAAAAUUCCAGUAACCCAAGAAGGAGCCAGAGGAAAUGAAGUCUUUGAAGACUUGCAACAUGAAUUCUUAGGCAAUGAUGAAAAUUCAGAAAACAUGCAAAUUCUUCAACUUCAAGUUCUAAAUAAAGCAAGAGAAAGACAACUGGAAGAGCUUACUGAAAAGCUAGAAAAGAGUGCACAGCAAAUUAGGUAUUUGAAUCAUCAGCUUUCAAUAAUCAAAGAUGAAAAGGAUGGUUUGGCUGUUAGUCUUUGUGAGUCUCAAAAACUGUAUCAGAAUGGAAAGGAACGGGAAGUGCAGCUUGAAGGUCAAAUAAAGUCCCUUGAAACUCAAAUUCAGACUCUUACUACCAAUGAGGAGCAGCUGUUGAAGCAAUCCAAAGUGGCAGAGGUAGCCAUGGAAAGCAUGCAGAAGCAGCUGUUAGAACUUCAACGAUCAGAUGCCCUUCAGCGAGCCAGAGAACAACAUGAGUCCAUUAUUUCAGCGCUCAAGCAAAAGCAUGAAAAGCAAGUAUUAGCAUUAGAGCAGAAACUUGAUACUACAAAAUCUGCACUCCAAGAGGAGAAAGAGUUUUGCAAAAAUCUAGGAGAACAUGUUAAACAACUUGAAAAAAUGCUGGAAGAAACCAAAUGUGAAAAAACUGAAAUAAUAAAUCGGCUGACAAGAAGCCUAGAAGAAAGCCAAAAACAAUGUGCAAAUUUACUGCAAACAGGCUCGAUACAGGAGACAAAUCAAUUGCGUUUUCAGUUGCAACAAGCUCAGUCUGCACACAUGAUAACCAAGAACAUGAACGAGGCUUUACAGGAAGAAUUAAUGGAGCUGAAGGAAGAAAUAACUUUGUAUGAAUCUGCUGCUAAGCUUGGAGUAUUUUUGAAUGAUACAGGUGGAGAGCUGCAUACAAAUCUGGAUGAUUCCUAUGUAGACUUAGGAAUUAAGAAAAUGACCUCGAAGAAACCAAGGUUCUGCAGUGCAUUACAGAAAAGAGACCUGGAUAAAGAGCUCUCCAAAGAAGAAAUUACUGUAGAAUUAAAAGCUGAGCUGGAACGUUUAUUGAGCAGUAAUAAAAUGAAGAGAAACCAGAUUGCUCAAUUACAAAAUGAUCUUAAAGAUUGCCAGAAGACACUGGAGGAAUACAAGCAGUUGUUGAAAGAGGAAAAAGCAUCAAAAGUGUCAGAGCCUGUCACAAAUCUGAAUGAUACUUUGCUGGCCAGUCCUUCAGUUUCUGAUAAUCUUAAAAAAGAAGUUCUGAGACUCAGAAAGGCUAAUGAAACUUUAUUGAGAGAUGUUGAGAACCACACUUUGACCAUCGAACAACUGAAGGAAAAUGAGGAAAAACUGACAAGUUUAAAUCAAGAUCUCUGUUGUCAAAUGAGAAAGAUGGUUCAGGAUUUUGAUCAGGAUAAACAAGAAGCUAUUGACAGGUAUGAAAGGACUUAUCAGCAACAUCAUGAGGAUACAAAAGCCCAUUUUCAGAAGGACCUGAUGGAGAAGUAUGCUGCAGAAAAACAGCAGCUUGUUCAAACGUACGAAGAAACAAUCUCGAGAUUAAAGGCUGACACAGAGGAGCUGAACAAGGAGAUGACUGCCGUGAAGGAAUGUUACAUUGGAGUCUGUAGGGAGAAAGACACCUUAGAAGCUACUUUAAGGCAGAAAUUUGAGCAAGAUCAGCAACUGAAGGAAGAGAAGCUCAAGAAAGAGCUACUAAAAGAAAAAGAAGAUGCUCUUAGCCUUCUGAGGACUGAGCUUGAAGAGAAACACCAUGGUUCUCUGAUAACAGCAAAGAAGCAGUGGCUGGAAGAAAAAGAACAGCAGGUUGAAGAGGAACUUGCAUUAGCCAAAGUUCACUGGGAGAUGGAAGAAAAAGAGAAUAAAGAGCAAGUCUUUGCAAAAAUAGAAAGAGAAUGGCAAAGUAGGCUGGAAGAAAUGAGAAGAACUGUAGUUGAAUGUAGAGACUGCAGCAGCCAAACUGACCAAGUAACAGUUGUGGAUGGAGCUUCAACUGAAGAGUUAAAAGGGAUUGAAGACCAGAAGGUGCAGAUCCAGAAGGCUCUGAAAGAAAAUAUGGCCUCACAAGAGGCUUUAAAAGAAUUUGAAAUAGAACUGGAAAAUAAAUACCAUAAAAAUCUUGCCAGUCAGGUAGAUGCAGCUUUAACCCAAGCUCGUGCCAGGUGGCUGCAAGAAUUAACAGAUCUCAAAGAGUACCAGUUAGCCCUGGUUCUCUCAGCUGCUGAAGAGAAAUGGAAGAAAGAACAUGAGAAUACGGAGAAAUCUGGCCCAAGAAUGAAAGAACUUGAAGAAAAGGUGAUUUCUCUCAAGAAAGAGUUGGAGCUAAAAGAAGAAGAAAUCCCUGCAGCUGUCAAAGCAGAACUAGCAAAAGCCCGUGUUCAGUGGAACAAAGAAAAGCAGGAGGAAAUCUUGCAGAUACAAGAGCAAAACGAGAGAGAUUACCGCUCGUUUCUAGAUGAUCAUAGAAACAGAAUUAAAGAGGUACUUGCAACAGCAAAGGAGGAUCUUGCAAAGCAGAAGAAUGAGAUCUGCAUACAGAAAGAGGCAGAAUUUAAGAUGUUACUACACCAAAAGCAGCAAGAAUGGGAGGCUCAGGAAAAAAAGAGACUGCAGGAUGAAAUUAAUCAGUAUGAGGAGAAGACUCUGGCUGAGCUUGAAUAUCUGUUGAGUGAAAUCCAUGAAGAAUUACUCAAGUGCACAGAUAGUAAGCAUUCUUGUAAGGAGAAGUGUUUUGAUACUCAUGUUCAAUUAAGCCAUUCAUGUAAAGACAAACUGAAGACUUGCUUACAGAAGGCCUAUAGAACCACAGUUAACACAAUUCUGGAAAAGGAGGAACAACAAUGGAAGAAGAAAUAUGAAGAGCUGCUGAGUAAUGUAAACAAAGAAGCACACUGUUGCCUGCAACAUGGUGAAGGAGAAACUGAGGCCAUGGCAGGACCUUCUGUGUGCAGUGUUGGACACCAAGCAGAAGCACAGAGGAGGCUAAGACGACAGCAACCCUUGCAGGAAACUGGAACAGGCAAAGGUCAGAAAUGUACAAAAAGGAACGUUGGGUCUCGGAAAGUUUUUUGCUGUGAACACUGCUGCCAGGAGCUUGAGAAAAGAGAGACUGUGUGCCAGGACUUGAAAGACAAGCUGGAGAUAGCCCACAAACAUCUUCAGCUUGUUGUGAAAGAACAUAAAGCUAAGUCAGAGGAAACGCAAGAAAACAAAAAGGUCCUAGAAGCUCUAAUUGCAGAAAACUCUGAGAUGAAGACUAAACUGAAAGACAUGGGAACACCACCAAGGUCACUGUCAAAGGGAGAUGUCUCAAAACCUUGUACGUCCUGUGACUCUGUGAAAGGGCUAGAAGAAAUACGUGCCCAGUACGUUAAAGCUGUGAGCAAGAUUAAGUGUGAUAUGCUUUGUUAUAUCCGUGAAAGUAAGGAGCGAGCUGCUGAAAUGAUUAAAGUGGAGGUUUUAAGAGAGCGCCAAGAGACAGCACGGAAAAUGCGCAAAUACUAUUUGACAUGUCUUCAACAACUUCUUACUGAUAAUGGGAGACAUGAAGGGGCUGAAAAAAAAAUAAUGAAUGUUGCCCAUAAACUUGCUACAAUGGCUAAAGGACUUGAAACACCUCUACGACACGUUCCCCAUAGCAAAUCUACCCGCUCAGCUCUGCAAUCAAAUUCUGAUCUAUUACCUGGGUCUGAGUACUCAAAAAGAGAUCAAAUGCCUCAGACUAGAUCAAAUCAUAUGGAAAGCAAGUCAUGCGGUGAAAGCCUUACUGAAAAAACAAAGGAUAAAUUUGUUCAGAGACGUGUACCACAUGACUUGAGACAGCAGUUUGAUGAAACUCUACAUAUGUGUCAUGAAACAGUGACUUCGAAUAUCCAGAAUGGGAGCAAUUCUAAAAAUCUAGAUGGUGUUUCAAGAGAUACUCUGCCAGAGUUUUAUCCAAAGGAAGAUAGAAGAAAAGAAAAAUAUGGCCCCAUUGUAAAUGUAGACAAAGGACUGUUGUGUGCUGCUAGUGAGAUAGGACAUCACAAUGCUCUUCCAUCUGCUUUUCAAGUAGCAUCAGAAAAUAUGCAUGCACCCAGCUUUACAAAUGGCUGUACCAUGUCUGGGCCAACUCAUCAUAUGCUUAAGAGCAAGAAAAAAAUGGUCUUGAAAGAGGGUAAAUGUGUCCUGUCAUGUGGUGAACAGAAAACUAGAUCUAAAAGAACUCAGGAAUUUGGCUGUCAAGAAACUCCAGAAAGAGAUGAAGGAAGCUGCAGUGAAGGGAAUUCUGUGAAUGGAAGCCUGGAUCUGGAUCACAUUGGUAUGCCUCUCUUGUAUCUUGAACAAAAAGCCAACACUGAUGUUCAGUUACAGACUGAAUACUGUGAAGAGGUCUCUCACGUCAGGUCAUCUUCCCCUGCAGAUGAAAAUGUUACUUCUUGGAGAGACUUUACUGAUGGCAGUGGCAAGAUUCGUGGCACAAAAAGCAGCACUAAAGUGUACAAUAGAGGCCACCUGAUAACAAACCUAGAGCAUAUUUCGUUACUCAACUGUGACAAAUCAAAAUCUGCUGUCACACAACUUGGUGUAUUGCCAGAUUCAAAUGUAGGAAGAUGCUGCAACAAAUGCUUAGAAGAAAAUGAUAUAGGAUCCCCAGUCUCUUCAGCAAGAUAG